UAAUGGAUUUAUUAACACCUGCAAAAAGGAAAUUUCCCUGAGGGCUUCUCAACAUAAGUGAUUUGUUAAGAGAUUUUUGACUGUUCAGGAUAAUGCGUUAUUCUAUAAAUACCUCUCCAUGAUGUUAAAGCUCUUCACUCGCCUAGAAAAUAAUCCAUCUCCUUCUAUUUUUGUACUGUAAUAGACUUGACCUAAACUAGUCACCAAAGCCACAAUGUGCUUGCUCGCUAAAUCACUUUCUAAGUUUUUCCAACCUCUGCUUGUUCUCAUAUUUCUAUCUUCUAUAUCUUUCUUCAUCAUUUCUUCUGCUUCCAUGGCAACUUUAGUCUUUGCUGAUGCAAAGAGUGACAAACUAGCUAAAGGUGGGAAGGAAGCUGAUUCUCUCUUAAAAUGGAAAGCCAGUCUUGACAACCAAAGCCAAUCUGUUUUAGAUUCUUGGGUUGGCAACAGGCCUUGCAAUUGGGUUGGGGUCACUUGUGAUAGCUCUGGAAGUAUCACCAAUUUGAGCCUCAUUAAUUUAGGUUUAAGAGGUACGCUUCAUAGUUUCAAUUUUUCAUGCUUUCACAACCUUUCAAGUCUUGAGAUUUCAAACAACUCAUUGCAUGGGACCCUUCCGUCACAUAUCUGUAAUCUCUCCAAAAUUAUCUUAUUGGACUUGUCCGGUAAUCAUCUCACAGGAAAUAUUCCAUCUGAGAUAGGUAUGUUGAUAGAUCUUUCUGAGCUCCAUAUGGAGAUAAACAAUCUCACUGGUUUAAUUCCUACUUCCAUAACAAACUUGACAAAUUUAUCCAUUCUCUCCUUGUGGGGUAAUAAACUCUCUGGUUCCAUACCUUCAGAAAUUGGGUUCUUAAAAUUUUUAAAACGACUUGAGCUCUGGAAUAAUAGUUUAACUGGUGUAAUCCCUCCUUCCAUUGGAAAAUUGAAAGAGCUAUCAAUUCUUUAUCUUGAUGACAACAAACUCUCAGGAUCCAUUCCCCAUGAAAUUGGGAUGCUUAGUUCUCUUUCUGAACUCUAUUUGGAGGCAAACAAUCUUACGGGUUCUAUCCCUACUUCCAUAACAAACUUGACAAAUCUAUCUUUCCUCUACUUGUGGGGUAAUAAACUCUCUGGUUCCAUCCCUUCAGAAAUUGGGUUCUUAAAACUUUUAAAAGAAGUUGAUCUAUCGACUACCGGUUUAACAGGUGUAAUCCCUACUUCCAUAACAAACUUGACAAAUCUAUCCAUUCUCUCCUUGGAGGGUAAUAAACUCUCUGGUUCCAUACCUUCAGAAAUUGGGUUCCUAAAAUUUUUAAAACGACUUGAGCUAUGGAAUAACAGUUUAACUGGUGUAAUCCCUACUUCCAUUGGAAAAUUGAAAGAGUUAUCAAUUCUUUACCUUGAUGACAACAAACUCUCAGGAUCCAUCCCCCAUGAAAUUGGAAUGCUUAGUUCUCUUUAUGAACUCUAUUUGGAGGCAAACAAUCUUACGGGUUCUAUCCCUACUUCCAUAACAAACUUGACAAAUCUAUCUUUUCUUUACUUAUGGGGUAAUAAACUCUCUGGCUCCAUACCUUCAAAAAUUGGGUUCUUAAAAUCUCUAAAAGAACUUGACUUAGCGAGUAAUUUUUUAUCCGGACCAAUCCCUUCUUCCAUAACAAACUUGACAAAUCUAUCUUACCUCAACUUGCGGGGCAACAAACUUUCUGGUUUUAUACCUUCAGAAAUUGGGUUCUUAAAAUCCCUAAAAGAUAUCCAAUUGUGGGAAAAUGUUCUAUCUGGACCAAUCCCUCCUUCCAUAGGUGAACUUAAAUCCCUUAAAAGAUUGAUCUUGUCAUCUAACCAACUCAAUGGUUCGAUCCCCAGAGCCUUGGGAAAUUGUACUAGCUUAUUCAGACUUAGGCUUGACUCAAAUCAGUUAACAGGGAAUAUUUCAGAAGAUUUAGGGAUAUAUCCUCAUUUGAGUUUCAUUGAUUUGAGUAACAAUAGAUUGCAUGGAGAGCUUUCAUGGAAAUUGGGACAGUGGAAAAACAUUUCUUGCCUAAAAUUUUCAAACAACAAUAUCUCUGGUAGCAUACCGCCUGAGCUUGGAAAUGCUACUCAAUUACAAUGGAUUGACUUUUCCUGGAAUCAUUUGCAAGGGCAAAUUCCUAAAGAAUUGGCAAAGUUGAAGCUGUUGUUCAAAAUUUUUCUAAAUAACAACAAUCUUUUUGGCGUUGUCCCUCUAGAUUUGCAGGUGCUAUUUAAUCUGGCUGAACUUAAUUUAGCAGCAAAUAAUCUAAGUGGUUUACUUCCUGGACAACUUGGAAAACUUCCAAAUUUAUUGGUCUUGAAUUUGAGCCGAAAUGAAUUUACAGGAAGUAUUCCGUUUGAGUUAGGGAAACUACAUGUUCUAGAUGUUCUUGAUCUUAGUCACAAUUUGUUGAUGGGACAUAUACCACAACAACUUGGGCAAUUGAGCACUCUAGAAGUGUUGAAUCUCUCUUGUAACAUGCUUUCUGGUUCAAUUCCAACCACUUUUGAUGAUUUGAAGAGCUUGAUUGCUGUGGAUAUAUCCUACAAUGAGUUAGAAGGUCCUAUUCCUGAUGUUAAGGCCUUCCGUGAGGCUCCAUUUGAGGCAUAUAGAAACAACAAAGCCUUAUGUGGUGAUGCUAGUAGUCUAAAGGCUUGUUUGUCUAUUAAAACAGGUAAAACCACUAAGAAAAAGAGAAAAAAAGUUGUCAUCCAGAUUGUACUUCUUGUUUCGGCGACUUCGUGUCUUGUGUUCUUGAUUGGAGGUUUCCUGAUUCUUCUUCGACGUAGAAAAAGACAUGCCCAGGCAAGGGAAUCAAAAGAUAAAGAUAUAAUGGUGAUACCUGGUCAUGAUCCGGAAUUACAGUAUGAAAAAAUCAUUGAGGCCACUGAGGAUUUCAACUCCAACUAUUGCAUUGGAGCAGGUGGAAGUGGAGUCGUUUAUAAACUUGUGCUGCCAUCAGGUCGACUGUUUGCGGUGAAAAAACUUCAUCCAUUACGGGAUGACAACUCAGGGAACUUGAGAGCUUUUGAAAGAGAGAUUCAAAUGUUGUUAGACAUUCGACAUCGAAAUAUUGUAAAGUUACAUGGUUUUUGUUUACAUUCAAAGCACUCAUUCUUGGUUUAUGAGUUCGUGGAAAGGGGUAGUUUGAGAAUCAUUUUAACAAGUGAAAAGCAAGCAACGGAGUUGGAUUGGAUCAAAAGGCUAAAUGUUGUUAAAGGGGUGGCCAACGCUUUAUCUUAUAUGCACCAUAAUUGCCCUUUUCCAAUCAUUCAUCGGGACAUUUCUAGCAAUAAUAUUCUUUUAGAUUCAGAAUACGAGCCUCGUCUAUCUGAUUUCGGCACAGCUAGUCUUUUAUUGCCCGACUCAUCCAACAGAUCCUCAUUUGCUGGUACCAUUGGAUACACAGCUCCAGAAUUAGCCUACACAAUGCAAGUGAAUGAAAAAUGUGAUGUGUUCAGUUUUGGGGUGAUAACACUGGAGUUAGUAAUGGGAAAGCAUCCUGGCAACCUUAUUUCAUCUCUUUGGUCAUCAACAUCUUCCUCAUCACUAAAUGAUCAGCAUAAAUUGUUAAAGGAUGUGAUUGACUAGCGUCUUCCACUUCCUCAAAAUCAAGUUGCAGAGGGUGUUGUCUACAUUACCAUGUUAGCAUUUUCAUGCUUGCAUAUCAAUCCCAAAUCUCGACCUACAAUGCAAAAAGUUUCCUCGAAGCUGAUUCCUAAGUUUCCUUUAAUUUCAAAGCCAUUCUCUGCAAUAAAAUUAGAAGAACUAUUUCCCUAAAGUAAUGCCGACGUUUGAAUAUUUUCUUGCAGGUCUGUAUAGAUGUGUCUGUUGAGUGUUCCUUCCCAUCUAUAUUUUCUCCCUUUGUAAUAUAUAUAUAUUUUUUGGCUUGUGUUUUGUUUUAUUAAAUAGUACUAGAUUUACUAGUUGAUUUGCCCCACAUGUGCUCUGGUGCUGAUGGUUUUAUUUUAGAAUCUGACUCUAAAAUUGCAGCGUCCUGGGUUUUAUGUCCAUGUAAUGGUCCUUGGCGUCUAGCAGCAUUCAUCAAUUCCAUUAUCAAUAAUCUGUCAACUUUACCGCAUCUGGUGAUCCAACACAUUUUCUAUAAGCAUCGCGAUCUGAAGAUUUCAUUGCUUACUUUUGAGUUCUUGCCUUCGGUUUUCAGCCUUAUGUUGUGUGUUUUGUUGUUGUUAUUUUUUGCUUGUGUUGUGAAGUUUUGGAUAUUUGUAUUUACGCUGUUUUGAGUGAAAUUUCUAUUCAGUGUGGUCUUGGUUGUCUGCAUCUCUCCUUCCCAGUUUUUCACUCAACAUGUCGUGUCCUAGGUUGAGUGUAUUGAGGUGGCCUAUUGGCCAGGUUUUAGAUGGACAAGCUAACGCUAAGUUUUUCCUAGAUUUAAUUGAUAAUAAAAAUUAUUAUUUAUAAAAAAAUAAAUUAGUACUAUGCUUUUUAAGGCAAUUUAGCUUUACUAGAUCACUGAUCUCGUAGAGAUAAAAUUGUAUUAAACACAAAUUGCCUAAUUAUUUAAUUGAUUUUUAGUACUGUGAGGUUUUAAUAU